AUGAAGCGUUUAAUCAUAUAUGGAUUUUUCUUCGCUUGCAUUGUUGGAUUUUUGAUGAACAAUAAGCCUGAACCUGAAAUUCCUCAAUUUGGACUUAAUGAUGGCGUUGAACAGGUCAAAAUUGGUGUUGUAGCAGUUUUUGACGGGCAUAUCGGAUCGGAGGUAUUAGUCGCAAAUGUUGGGGAUUCGAAGGCGUUUAUUUGCUCUGGGAAAUUGGCGAAGGAAUUGACAGAAGAUCAUAAUGCAGACAGAUUGGACGAGAGAGCUAGGGUUGAAGCUUCUGGAGGUAAAUUCACAUUUUACACCAACUAUGUUCCUCUUCUCAAUGGCCAUUUUCCGAUGACUCGAGCUAUUGGUGAUGUUACUUUGAAAAGUGUUGGAAUCAUAGCUACUCCAGAAGUGACUGAUUGGCUUAAUUUAACAUCAAAAGAUGAGUUUUUGGUUGUGGCAUCUGAUGGAAUAUUUGAAAGCUUAAGUACCAAAAAGUUUGUGAGUUUUUAUAUGAAGCAGAGGACCAUUCAGAUUUAA